AUGAACGCCCUCCGCGUUGAGGCGGACGAGGCCCAAGCGUCAGUCGAGGAGCUCAAGGCCAAGGUUAAGUCUUUGGAGCAAGAGAACCUAGCCAAGGAGCAAGAAAUCACUUCGUUGACGCAUCGCAACCAACUCCUCGAGUCCGAGAUUGAAAAGGUUGAGGGCAAUAUGAAAGAGUUCAAAGACAAGGCCGAUGUCAGCGCUCAACACGAUACCCAGAACGAGGCUUUGCAGAGACGCCUUCAGCUGCUCGAGGAGGAAGCUGAGGAAGCCGAUAAGAACCUCCGUGAAACUAACGAGAAGCUCCGCCAGACUGAUGUCAAGGCUGGUCACUACGAACGCAAGGUCCAGGCCCUAGAGUCGUCCAACAGUCAAUGGGAAAGCAAAUACGAGGAGAUGGCUAAGAAAUACGCCGAUCUGCAGAAGGAAUUGCACGAGCUGGAGGUGUCGAUUAGCAAUGUUUAA